ACUGCGUUGCUUAGCAACGGGCUAAAAACGAACGAGGGGACAAAAACACGAAAUUGGUUUUUUUUUUAGAAAAAAUGAUUAUUAAAAAUAGAAGACAAAUGUUAAAAGUGCAUAUUUCUGCAUGACAACUUUGACAGGACGGCUCUAUGACGUCAAAACUGGCGUCACGUGUUUGGGGGGAGUCCGUGAGUUGGAAAGGAGGAAUGAAACCUCGCGGAGGAGGAGGAGGAGGAAAAAGAAGGUUGCUUGGGGUUUAGAAAUAGGAAAUCUCGCGAGAAGUCGCUAUAGAGACCGAACGGCUUCCCUCUUACGGUUAACAACACAACCGAGGAUGGAGCGCCCGCGAGCAAAUUCCUAUGAGACGAAUUAGGGGGUCACCUGGAAUAUCUAGAAGUCCUGCCGGAGGAUUACCUAUUCUCUAUCCGGCGCCUCACAUUUCACAAGGUGUAACCUAUUCAGCACAAGCAAGAUCUCUCUCUGUCAUUUUAAAUCAGUACAUCAAGCUGGAUAAUCAACACCAGAAAAUUCAAUCAAAAUGAGGUUAAAGACAUUUCUAUUGAAAGAACCAAAACAUAAGGAAUUGGUUAGUUGUGUUGGCUGGACAACAGCAGAUGAACUUUAUUCAUGCAGUGAAGAUCACCAGAUUAUGAAAUGGAAUUUGUUAACUGGUGAGGCAGUACAAGUAGUGAAGCUCCCCGAUGAUAUCUACCCCAUCGAUCUUCAUUGGUUUCCCAAAAGCGUAGGGGGAAAGAGGCAAACCCAAGCUGAGAACUUUGUGCUCACAAGUUCUGAUGGCAAGUUCCAUUUGAUUUCCAAGUCAGGAAGAGUGGAAAAAAGUGUGGAAGCCCAUUGUGGAGCUGUACUAGCAGGAAGAUGGAAUUACGAAGGAGCGGCUCUUGUUACAGUUGGUGAAGAUGGACAAAUAAAAAUAUGGUCUAAGAGUGGAAUGCUGAGAUCUACUCUCCUACAGCAAGGAACCCCAAUAUAUUCAGUAGCAUGGGGUCCAGAUUCAGCAAAGAUUCUUUACACAUCAGGAAAACAACUGAUUAUCAAACCUCUUCAACCAAAUGCUAAGGUUUUGCAGUGGAAAGCCCACGAUGGAAUUAUUCUAAAAGUUGACUGGAAUUCUGUGAAUGAUCUUAUCUUAUCAGGUGGUGAAGACUGUAAAUAUAAGGUGUGGGAUAGUUAUGGUCGGCUGUUGUAUAGUUCUCAGUCACAUGAGUACCCUAUCACUUCUGUUGCUUGGGCUCUGGAUGGCGAGUUAUUUGCAGUGGGGUCCUUUCAUACGUUACGUCUGUGUGAUAAAACAGGGUGGUCUUAUGCUUUAGAGAAGCCAAACACUGGCAGUCUGUUUAACAUUGCUUGGUCUAUCGAUGGCACACAACUAGCUGGAGCUUGUGGAAACGGACAUGUAAUUUUUGCCCAUGUCGUGGAACAGCGCUGGGUGUGGAAAAACUUUGAAAUAACUUUAACUAAAAGAAGAACUAUGGAGGUUCGUAAUGUACUUAAUGAUGCCGUGGAUUUACUGGAAUUCCGUGACAGAGUCAUUAAAGCCUCUUUGAACUAUGGGCAUUUAGUAGUUUCAACAUCUCUACAGUGUUACAUAUUCUCAACUAAGAACUGGAAUACUCCAUUAAUCUUUGACCUCAAAGAAGGAACUGUCAGUUUAAUUUUGCAAGCAGAAAGGCAUUUUCUUCUUGUAGAUGGUGGAGGAAUCUAUCUAUAUUCCUAUGAAGGACGUUUAAUUUCCUCUCCUAAGUUUCCAGGAAUGGGAACAGAUAUCCUGAAUGCUCAAACGGUUUCUUUGAGCAAUGAUACCUUAGCAGUAAGAGAUAAAUCAGAUGAGAAAGUUAUUUACCUGUUUGAAACCUUGUCUGGCAAGCCACUAGGAGAUGGAAAGGCCCUAAGUCAUAAGACAGAAAUCCUGGAAAUCGCCUUAGACCAGAAAGGACUUACAAAUGAAAGGAAAAUUGCUUUUGUUGACAAGAACAGAGACCUCUAUAUCACUUCAGUUAAGAGGUUUGGGAAAGAACAAAAAGUAAUCAAAAUAGGAACAAUGGUGCAUACUUUGGCGUGGAACGACACAUGCAACAUACUUUGUGGACUUCAGGAUACACGGUUUACAGUCUGGUAUUAUCCCAAUGUCGUGUAUGUAGACAAAGAUCUCUUGCCAAAAACCAUCUAUGAAAAAGAUGCAAGUGAAUUUAGUAAAAAUCCCCAGAUCGUGAGUUUUGUUGGAAGUCAAAUAACUAUCCGAAGAGCUGAUGGCUCACUCAUUCACAUGAACAUUUCACCUUAUCCAGCCAUACUUCAUGAAUAUGUGAGCAGUCCAAAAUGGGAAGAUGCUAUCAGACUGUGUCACUUUGUCAAGGAUCAGACUUUGUGGGCAUGUUUAGCUGCUAUGGCAGUUGCCAGCAAGGAUAUAAAUACAGCAAAAAUAGCCUAUGCGUCCAUUGGUGAGAUAGACAAAGUUCAAUACAUCAGUUUCAUCACAGAUCUUCCAUCAAAAGAAUCAAAAUUGGCUCAUAUUCUGCUUUUCAGUGGAAACGUACAAGAUGCUGAAAUGCUGCUUCUUCAAGCUGGCCUUGUUUACCAAGCUAUUCAAGUCAAUAUUAACCUUUACAACUGGGAAAGAGCACUAGAACUUGCUGUGAAACACAAGACACACGUUGACACAGUUCUGGCUUACAGACAGAAGUUCUUGGAUGACUUUGGUAAAAAAGAAACGAAUCAGCGAUUUUUGCAGUAUGCAGAAGGGCUUGAAAUCAACUGGGAUAAAAUCAAAGCCAAAAUAGAACUGGAAAUUGCAAAAGAGCGAGAACGGACCGCAGCCACUCCAGCAGUUAGAGCUAGCGUAACCGUACAGCGCUAAAUGCCAUGCUGAUUAUAUUACGAAGUGGAUUGAGCACUCUUUGCACCUUCAACAUGCUGGUGAGCCUUGUGUAAGCAUGCGGUAGAGAACAACAGCUGACUCCUGAAAUUCUGUACAAGUCUUUAAAACAUUCUUUUUGACAGGAAUGAACUCUGAAUAUCUGGUCCUGAUGCUCAUGCGAGAAGUUUCAGAAUAGUACAUGUAGCAGACACCGGAGGAUCAACUCUCUGUUACUGUAGGAUUUUAAUUCUGGACUUCUCAAGUCUUAAAGGAAAAUUAUCUUGAGUUGGUAGAACAGUUGAAGUAUUUUCUUACAUAAGUACAUGAUUGGCUGUUCAGAUUUUUGUCCAGCCAAGUUCACAGUUCUUCUUAAAAGCAUACCAUUUGUUGCCCUAGAAUUUGGAUGUUUAAUAUAGAAAAUCUUUAUUCAUAUGCAGGCUGCUGUGCAGUCCCUACCUCAACACUACACCAAGUGUACAGACUGAAGUUCUGCAACUGCUUACUAAGAAAUGUCAUCAUGACAUUCAGUAGAACUUUUAAUUUCUACUAUAAAUAUUUUUUUUCAGAUUUAAGUGUUAAAUUUAGAAUGAGUAGCUUGAUGAAACAUGUGUAAUGAUGAAGAAUGACAACAAAAGUGAAGCAAGGGAAGGUCCAUGAUUGGAUGAACUUCCAUUGACACAACUAUGCAAGCUCAAACUUUCCAUCUCAAGUGCCUGCAGGCUAUUAUAUACUAGCAGGACCUGACCAGAGAUACUAACGUUUUAAACUUCUUUUCUCUGAAUUCAGCAAAAUCCGCUCAGCAUUCAGGAUCUGUUUUGCAGUGUAGUGUCGAAUAACUGUUGGACUUCCUGAAAAUAUUUAAUAUAAGCCUUUUUUUUAAGUUCACAAUUUUGUGAUGAAAAGUUUGUUCGUUUCUGUUAAAUAUGUUUGAUUUCUUCACUGCUACCAGGACUUUUCGAAUGAUUCUCAGACAUGUUUUCUUGUGUAGCCCCAUUUAGUAGACCGAAGUAUUCUCACAACUAGUGAUACCAGGAAUAUAUUGUUUGUGUGUAGUUGCUGAAAUUCAAUAUUUUCGACCAUAGUGGUAAAAUGUUUUUACAGUAUGUAUACUUUGACAUACACUACUAUUUUGACUAUUAACUAUUUUGUAAGUGUUGACAAUAUGCUCUUAUAACCUUAAUUAAUAAAUAUUGCAGAUUCUU